AGAUUGUUGAUUACCCCUAAUUAGUUACUAUAAUGGACUAUUAUAACAAUUCAAAUACUUUUUCAGCUUCCCACUCGCUUACGCACACACAAAACUAUAACUACCCUUCAUAUUCAGUAUCGGAUCCACGAUUAAGCUACGCUUACCAUAACACCGUACCUAUUCAUCAAACUUCCAACGACUCAAAUUCCCUGCAGUUGUACGACUUAUCUUUACCAGCAAACGUGAUAGAAACAAAAUCGGAUGAUGAAUUAUGGAUAGAAACUUGGUUGUCGAAAAUUGGUAAAAUUCAAAUCAACUUAAAUUCAACAAUCGAGAUAAAACCAACACGAUCCACCGUAUACAAAACUAACAACAUUCAAAUACACUCUGUGCGUAACUCUCUAAGGAAUUGUGUGCAAAUAUUAAACAAUCUUCAAUCUUUGCAAGAGUAUUUAAAGAAAAAUGCAUCAACGAUGUCGUCUGCAGAGUGGACAAAAAAGACGACUGAAAUUGGCCUGAUAAAAGAACAAUUUUCAAAACAUAUGUUUCAAUUUGAAAGCCAGGAAACCAUGAGUAAAAUACUAAAGGCAGUGGAACAACGUAAGAAGAAGCGUAAUUGCCAGAGAAGAAGACGUCAACAACGAUCUAUUGACUCUGCCAAACAACGAGAGGAAAUCGACAAAGCCCAUAAAGAAGUAGACAGAUGGCUGGAAAACAUGAAGGAUGAAGUGGAACGUGCGAAAAUGGAAGAACUCAUGAAAAAAGAUGCAGAUUGUGUUUUAGCGGAAGUAACGAAGAAAAAAUCGGAUGCCAGAAAAACACUAUCUUUAAUAGCCUCUUUAGUUAAAUUGCGGCAAGUGAGAGAGCACGCAGCUAAACAACGUGGGGAGAAAGUGUCCUUGGAAGAUCACAAUGCUUUUGAAAAAGUAACUAAUCAUCUAACGAAAAUAUGGGACAGUGCUCUUGAAGUGUACGGUAAAGAGGAGAAAACUUUACAAGUGAUGCUGAUGCAAACUGCAACCGAAGAUAAUAAUUCCGCACGUAUUGCUAAGGAGAGAAAUAUUAUGCACGAAUGGGAGUCCGCAUUUUUUGGACCAAAAACUAUUCUCGCACCUUCUUACUUUAAUCUGGCUGUGGCAGAAAAAGAUUUGGAUACAUUUAUAGCAAUUAGGAAAAGUUGGGAUACAUUCUUGUCUGCAGAAGAUGAGAGUGUGUCUAAUAUUCCUGUUGGUUGGGUUUUACCAAAUUCUAAUCCAAAUGGAGAUUGGGCUAAAUAUCGAAACUGUUGAUGUGCUUUCAUUAGUUUAGUAAUUUUAUUCUUAUUAAAGCUUUUUUACAUGAA